AUGGGGGCCUCUCUCUCGACUGAGGCCACUGUGUCUCCCACGGAGAUUAACCUGGGACCACGCCGUAGAGAUAUCCGGCCAGGGUCAUCCCUUGGGGCGCAGGCGGACGACACGGAGGGUCGGCCAUCCGGUCAUCCGGCGGCUGUCGGGGUCAAGCCUCCAAACUCCGGGCAGAAGAAAAAGAGCCGGAACGGAGGACGCCAGGGGACCCAGAAAUGCCGCUUGCUGGGCUUUCCUGUUCUUCCCUACGGCCCCAGUCUGUCGCCCGCCCCGAUUGGGUCUGCCUGCGAUCCGGGGCCGCCGCGAGACCACCUGAUCACCCCGUCUGGGAAAUCCUACCAAACCUUCGCCUCAGGCAACGACACUUCUCGAAGGCUGACGUUGUUUCUGGCUACCGUUCCUGUGGAUGCCCUGGUUUGA